GGCUUCGAUAAAAGGCUGAGCACUUGCAGUUUCCAAUUUUACAGAGAGUAAAAUGUAGAGCUUGUUACAGGGAUAUUUCUAGGGUUCUGGUUUUUGUUCUUGAAUUUCUAAUGGCGCCUAGGCAACGGAAAAAUGAAAAUAUGGGGUCCUCUUCCACCAUCACCACCAGGUCCUCCGCCGCCGCCGCCAAAGUUACCCAAAGCUCUGCUCGUAAAGCCAAAACCACUAACCCUUCUGUUGCUGCUGACCCAAGAGCACCCAAGAAAAAGAAGGCCAAAACAACUAAUACCAAGAAAAAGGCAAAAGGCCCACGAGCACCACAGCAACCGGCGGAACCUGAGCCGGCGGUUCUUGAAGGAUCCAAGGCCAUAGUCAUUGAACACUGCAAUCAGUGUAACUCGUUCAAGACUCGAGCUCUUCAGGUCAAGAAUGGGUUGGAGAAGGGACUGGAGGGAGUGAACGUGGUGGUCAACCCCGUGAAGCCGAGGAGAGGCUGCUUUGAAAUUAGAGAGGAAGGUGGGGAGAUUUUUGUAAGUCUGCUGGAUAUGAAGAGGCCAUUUACAGACAUGAAGGCACUGGACAUGGAGAAGGUCAUUUCUGACAUUAUUGAAAAGUUUGAAUGAUCGAUUAGGGUUCUUGAUUGAAGGGUUAGCGUUUAUGGAAUUGACACUCAUUUUAUUACUGCUUGGUAUAGCGUAUUGACUGAAUGGCUUCAAUCUUGGUACUUUUUUGGACGUAUGUAGUGUUUCGUUUUGAAAAUUUGGAUCUAACCCCAUUGCUCGGGUGUCAAAAGAUUGGUUUGGUAUGAUGAUGUUUUUGUUACCCUUUAUUGACUGAAAAAAUGAUGUCUGCUUUCUUUGCGUUGAAUUUGGAUUAUUAUAUUGGUAAAUCAUUUUUCAUAGUG